AAAACGCACACAGCCGACAUAACGCUUGGUCAGUUAACUGUGGUCACAGAUAUGCACAUCAACACGUCACCCAUCAGUUCCUCAUCAGCCGAGGUGUUUUUGAGGCAGUGCUGCAAGGAUGGAGAGAUGAGGUGGAGAAGAUGGAGGACAGGGGAGGGAGGGGAGGAGGCUGGUGACACACAUCAGGGUUGCUGUUAAUAGCACAGACAGGACCAGAAUAGCAAGGCGUCACAGGAGGAAAGCGAGUCUCUGCAUCCAGCAUCUUCAUAUCUGAAACUCGAGUCAGGCAGCACAAAAUCACUGAAACUAACAGACAACUCGGCAGUUUGAGUGCGUUGUGCAGUUUGUUCAGGGCACAAUGAGUGAAGAGUCAGCGGUCACCCCCAGCUGGCUGACCCCUGACCCCACAGCAUGGGGAAGUGGAGGCGGGGGACCGAUGGACAACAGCACCGCCCUGGGGACGUUUACACCGGACUCCCUCCCGCCCAGCCAGCUGCCCCUGCUGGUCAACCCCUGGGACAUUGUGCUGUGCUCAUCUGGGACUCUGAUAGCCUGUGAGAACGCCCUAGUGGUGCUGGUGAUCUGGCAGAAUCCGGCGCUCAGAGCUCCCAUGUUCUUGCUGAUUGGCAGCCUGGCGCUGGCCGACCUGCUGGCCGGCCUGGGCCUGGUGCUUCACUUCACCUGUGCCUACUUGCUUCGUUCCGACUCGGCCCAGUUGCUGACCGUGGGCCUGGUGGUGGCCUCCUUCUCCGCCUCCGUCUUCAGCCUGCUGGCUAUCACAAUUGACCGCUACCUGUCACUGUACUAUGCCCUCACCUACAACUCAGAGCGGACAGCGGCCUUCACCUACACCAUGCUGGUGCUGCUGUGGGGCCUCUCCCUGUGUCUGGGCCUGCUGCCGGUCACAGGGGUCAACUGCCUGGCAGAGGAGGCUACAUGCAGCGUGGUGCGGCCACUCACAAAAAACAACAUCGCAGUGCUGUCCGUCUCCUUCCUGCUGCUCUUCGGCCUCAUGCUGCAACUCUACGUCCAGAUCUGCAAGAUUGUGAUGCGCCACGCUCACCAGAUCGCCCUUCAGCACCACUUCCUGGCUGCCACACCCCACUACGUCACAACACGGAAGGGCGUGUCCACGCUGGCCAUCAUCCUGGGUACCUUUGCUGCCUGCUGGAUGCCAUUCACUGUCUACUCUCUCAUCGCUGACUACACCUACCCUCCACUCUACACCUACGCCACACUGGUGCCUGCCACCUACAACUCCGUCAUCAACCCGGUCAUCUACGCCUUUAGGAACCAGGAGAUCCAGAAGGCGCUGUGGCUGGUGUGCUGCGGCUGUGUGCCUGCCAGCGUGGCACAGCGUGCACGGACCCCUAGUGACGUCUGACCAAGCAGACCCAGGUGGAAAGAGAGAGGAGCCCUGGGUCAGCUCUGCUCCUCGCUGGAUCUGUCUAGUGUCAAAGAGAGCAGCAGCAGUGGAGGUCAGGGGAAGUGGCAGAGGGCUGUGACUUCAGUUCUGGCUGAAGAUGUUACUAGCAGAGGCAGUUUGGUUAGUUAUCCACAGCCCACCUGGAUGGAUGGCGUUUUUUCUUUGUUACAGUCACCAUAGGGCAAGGUAUCUCACUGUCUUCCCCAGUAAAGGCGGCCACUGCGCGGGCUGCAUCCCGCCCCACUCCCGUUCAACCCGUGCCACGCCCUUCCUCUGUUCUGCAGAGAGCGCCGAGUGCAUCACGUGUUACAGGCAGUAGCUGUAUAUAGACUGUGCAUAUAACAGCACUGGAGCUUUGGUUGACACGUGCUUGUUUUUCUUCAAAUAGGGGGGAUUAUUAGUUUGCACCCCUGUGUGUGCGUGCGUGCGUAAAAGCGCACGGCAGAUUAACAAAGCAGUGUGUGCGGUUAAUAUGCAGGCAUUUCCACAUAAAACCCGCCUGAAGCAGCAUCCCGGCGCUCUGCUGCUGCACUCUGAACGUGCGUCGAAAGCUAAACAGCAGCGGAGAGCUAAAAAUAGACCCGGCGCUCUCGGAUCCGCGCCCUGCGUCCUCGACAGACGCUGAGAAAGAUAUCAAGCCGUUUCUUCUUCACCUCGCCGCUCCCGUUUUCUUUCGUCUUCUUUUCUCUCUUGAUUGUGCGUGAAUGUGUUUUAGUUCAGCUCGCGUCUGGGAGGCUCAAGACAAAGCCCCAGGAGACCCCACCAUUAACCCCUACUCCAUUUUUUAUUAUUAACGGAGGCACCAACCCCGAAUAUGGGCCUAUCGGAUCCUGUAACCACCUUAUAUCCCUUCUCUUUCACUUAGUGAGUGGAGAUUGCUUCUGACUUUUUGAAUGUCUGGAGAUUGCUAUAUGACUUUUAAUUAUAAUUAAUAUGAGAAAAACCCACAAAUUUGAAUGAUGAUAAGUUUUAAAAGGAUAACACAUAUCAAAUGUAUUAUCCUUAAAGCAGUCCUAUAGGAGAUUAAUUAACAUGCCUAUGAUCAAAUCACUCCAAACAUAUAGACAAAAGCCCAAAUAACAAAGUGAUAUAAGUGAUUUUGUGUGAAAAUCUGCAAAAUCCGAAUGUAUUUCCAUUUAUUUCAUCUCUUUUGGCUCCUAAAGAGCCUCACACCAACCACAUCAUUUCUGAUCCGCAUGCUAGACUCCAGUGUAAUUUGCAUGCAACAAGCACAGAUCUGCUUUUUUCGUCCUGAGUUCAGUGUGGUAGGUCACAUGGACCACCACAGGCGAUGUGUCAUGGUACCCUGACGUCAUGACCCUAAUAAUUUUUGUUUAUGUACAAUGUACCACAGUGUACCUCACAUGUAUCACCUUGAAUGAGCUAAAAUCAUCACUGGAUGAUCACAAGAGUUGCACCCUUUUUGAAAAAUGUGGAAUUUAUCAAAUAUUUUGCAGUGUAGUGCAGAUAAGUUGGAAGUUCAGAGGCGUUCUGACAGCUCUGCUUUGAUCAUGAUUUGAGUUCAACUAAGUGUAAUUUAAUUGAAGCCCAAAUCACAACACCCACCAGCUGCUCUGAAUUAGUUUUUUGGGUCUCAAAAAUUAGUUUGCAAACCCAACAAACAUGCAGGCUAAUUCCUCGUUCCUUCAGAUCAUGUCAGCAAUAACUUGCCUAUGAAUGGUAGUUAUUUUUUAGAUGUGAAGCAAUACUCAGACAGCAAUAACAUCCACAUCCCACCGUGACUUCUUCCUGCUGAGUGAAGUACAAUAAUGGCCGCUCGGGUGGGGGACGUGGUGUAGCGAACAUGCUCAAUGAGCUACAAGUGAUGCUUCAGUGAUACAUCUUCAAAUGGGUGGUAGGAGAAUCACUCCUGGGCUGGAGAUCAAACGACUCAUUUGUCACGGCGACACCACUGCCUCAUUCCUCCACAAUGUUUUUUUUCCCGCUCCCAAAAAUCGGGCUUUGAUCAUUUGUCACACCAGGAUGAAAUUGUGAACUUUUUUUGGGGGUUGUUGCCUCUGCCUUUUGUGAGCAUAUGAACUGUCCUGAGUGUUGUAACCUCAAGUGUCAGUGUGUGAUGUGGGACUGUGUUUUCGUGCAUAUGGUAUGAGCUGCAUGGCCUCUGGGUGUGUGCAUGUGUGUCUGUGUGUUUGUGAUCCAGCAGCUCAGCAGCUCAGCAGACCAUAAUCUGUCUCCUUGUGUUGUCAGGCGGGAGGGGGGUGAAACAGGUCUGAGGAAUAUAAAUUCCUGUUGACCCCCUAACCAACCUUUGAGGAUAAUGCUGCCAGUCUUCCUGUCAAUUCUGAGAGAAGUGGCCUCCUUACAUGUUUGUAGAGCUUUUUGAAGAGAGAUAGGCAGACUAGGGAAGCUCCAGCACUUCAAGCCAAAGUGAAAAGGACUCUGAAUGAACUGGGAUCCUAGUCCUGCCGUGUUUUCUGUCUCCUCUAUAUCACUAAUAUUCUACUUUAAAUCAGUCUAGUCUGGUUGAGGCAGGUGUCCGUUAAGUGACCUCUGAAUGAUUCUAUGAGCUAAAAAUGGCAACUUCCAAAUACAAAGAUAAUGCUUCUUCUUUCCUUCCUUGCUGCCUCCCCUCUCAGUGAUGAUGCCUGAUAGAGGCAUUUGAGGAGCUCCCAGUCUUCAUCUUUCUGGCCUCAGAGCAGGUGCAAAGCGAUCAAAGCAAGGGAGGUGGGGAUGAGUAAGGAAAGGAGAAGAUAGCAUUUUCUAAGCAUUGGAAUGUAGCCUGUGUAUGUGAACUUGUGCACAGUGUCAGACUGAAACCUGUUGUUCGAUGAGCACCAACAGGUCAGGCUGGCACAUCAAAAACAUUACAAACUCUUAUUCCUUUACCUUUGGAGAAAAGUCUAUUUUGUUAUAUUCAUUGAAAAGUUCUAUUUUUUUCCACUUUAGUCUGGCCUGAAUUCUUUCAGAUUCUGAUGUAUAACGGCGCUGUAAAGCCUUUUUCUGAAUGUAGUAGUUUAGUAGUUAACUGCUAUCCCCUCCUCGUGAUUCAUUUGUUUCUGUAAAUAUGGCAUGCUGAAGAGGAGAGACUUUAUAACACCGUGCAUGGUGCUACCAAAGCCAGUCAAACCUGAGGAUGAAUUGGGUUGCACCAUUUUUUGAAUGACAUUUCUCCACCUCAGCUGUUAAUGUAUAAUUUCUUCUGUUGGGUUUCACUUUCCUCGCUUCAAUAUGCACCAGUUAGUAAAGGCUAGUUAAAGGAUGAUUGAGAUGAUUUGGCUACACAGAUGAGGAAUGAAUGAGAAAACAAAAAUUGGUACACAACUUUCUCUGAUUGGUGAAUGUUUUCCUCUUGUGCAGCCAACAGUAUUAUUGAGAUUUUCAUGAUUGAACAGGUGUGAACAAGGGCUUUGUAUCCAAGAAUAGUAAAAGACUGUGAUGUUGGAUGUAAUACUUCUCUGUAUAAACACACCUGUUAAUCUAUUGAAUGGUUUCACAGUAUAACAGUACACAAAGUUGUGUACAAAGCAACUCGGGUUUUUGAGAAAAUGUGUAGCCACUGAAGGGUUGCAGCGGGAGGAGGUGUCUUUCUGAUGGUUACUAAUCUAGAGCUAAAUAUCAAAACACUCAAGGGCCUGUGAGUGCGUGUGUGUGUGUGUUUUGGGGUGGGGGUUGGAGAUGGGAGGACGCCACAGUAACAGCAUUUUGUGUAGACGUAUGGGUAGUUUUCAAUGUGAAAUGCACUUUAUUUUUUGGGAUGAAAAUGGCACAACAAAUUAAGUAUCUGCAAAAUGAAACAUAUAAACGAUAAUCAACAUGCACUAACUUAACUGAGAUAUUGUAAAACCAUUUGUGUGAACGUGGUGUCUAUUUUUCCAAGGUGUUAGUUGUACUUUUUAUUGCUUUGGUUAGUUCACUCAAUUGAGAGAUCUUGUUAAUUUUGUAUUAAAAACAAACAUGUGCUGUGCAUAAAA